GAAGAGUAGUUCCUUCAAGGAUUGAGAGGAUAGGAAGCCAAAGGGGCUGGACCCAGUCAUGGUAGGUGGAACAGGCACAGGUACUUUUGGGCGGGUUCAUCUGGUGAAAGAAAAAGUGGCCAAACGUUACUUUGCCCUGAAAGUAAUGAGCAUUCCAGAUGUCAUUCGGCUAAAACAAGAACAGCAUGUACACAAUGAGAAGUCAGUCUUGAAAGAGGUCAAUCACCCAUUUCUGAUCAGAUUAUUUUGGACCUACCACGAUGAACGCUUUUUAUACAUGUUAAUGGAAUAUGUACCUGGAGGAGAACUUUUUAGUUAUCUGCGCAACAUGGGGCGUUUCAACAACAGCACAGGACUGUUUUACUCUGCGGAGAUUAUUUGUGCAAUAGAAUAUUUGCACUCCAAAGAAAUCGUUUACAGAGACUUAAAACCUGAAAAUAUAUUGUUAGAUAAAGAAGGGCAUAUCAAGCUUACAGAUUUUGGAUUUGCUAAAAAGCUCGUGGAUAGAACAUGGACGCUGUGUGGCACACCAGAAUACCUUGCGCCAGAAGUGAUACAGAGUAAAGGUCAUGGAAGAGCUGUGGACUGGUGGGCUCUAGGAAUUUUGAUAUUUGAGAUGCUGUCAGGGUUUCCUCCAUUUUUUGAUGACAACCCAUUUGGUAUAUAUCAGAAGAUUCUUGCUGGCAAAAUAGAUUUCCCCAGACAUUUGGAUUUGUAUGUGAAGGACCUUAUUAAAAAGCUUCUAGUGGUUGACAGGACAAGGCGACUGGGAAAUAUGAAGAAUGGAGCAGAUGAUGUGAAAAGGCAUCGGUGGUUCAGGUCUAUAGACUGGGAUGCUGUACCUCAAAGAAAACUAAAGCCUCCUAUAGUGCCGAAGGUAUCCAAUGAUGGAGAUACAUCUAAUUUUGAAGCUUAUCCUGAAGAUGACUGGAACAAAACCCCUCCUGUAGCCCCUAAAGAUCUAGAAAUUUUCCAGAACUUCUGAGGGCGGUCAACCAAAUUCGGCAAGUUUUAUGUUGGAAACUGGAAGAAGAUUGAAGUGGUAUUCGCAAGUUUGCAAGGAAGAACUGAGUACAUACAAGAAGACAUUCUUUGACAUGUAGGAGAGUGUUAUCACGUUCAUAUGUGCACAUUAGUAGAUAAAUAUUUAAACAAUUGGCAGGCAAGUGAGACUCAUUUUAACUGUAUGGAAUUGGCAUUAGUUUAACAAAUUAUGAUACUGAAAGUCUACUCUGAAGUAGACUCAUAAAAAAUUCUAUCUUGUAGUUUAACUUGUUUUAGUGUUAGUUUCCUGCUAUGCCCAGAUCCUUUUUGCAUAGUUAAUGCAUAGACUUAAUUUUAUAAGUUUAUACUAAACUUGUGUAAUUAAAAGCACAAAUUAGUAUAUAUGUAUAUAAUGAAUACAUACAACUAAAGCACAGGAACUGUGCAAAGAUGUAAAUUUUUUGUACUUUGCAGAGUCUGAUUUUUAUUUUUCAAAUGUUUUUCAAGAAGUUCUCUGGGGGAAAAUUGCAAAAGGAUAAAUGAGUUUUUCAUCAUCUUAUAUGCAUUUUAUAAUUCUUUGUAAAAAAUAAAAAUAAUUAAGUUUAAAAAUUUGUACCUAAAACUUCCAGUGCUUCACAUUUGCAACCGUAAUACUUGAAAGCAGAAAGAAAAAGGACAUGUUUUGUUGUUCAUUUAAAAAGCAUCUUAACACCUUCAUAAGUAACUUUUGGUU